AUGUCGGAGGGAUCUGUGAGUACGACCAGUUCUCGGAUAAAGCAGUUCGGUUUAUACAGAACGAUUGAUGCGAGGACGGAGGAGUUCCUCAGGCUCUCGAGGAAGCGCCAGAUCAAACAGGGAUGCGCAUGCGCAGCCGUCUCAACGGCUAUAACUGUUACCAUUGUAGUUGGCGUCAUAUUGAUUUACGAGUACGGUAUAGUCUCGGAGUUUUCACCAAAUUCAAUCGUAAAACCAAACUGGCUGGGACUUAUGAAUACGAAUGAAACAAUACCAUUUGAGACCAAAUUUAAUAAAUCCUCAAUAAAUCUUGAUUCUUCUAUGCGCAUUUUACCUCUUAUAUUGAAAGCGUUAAAUAAAAAUAUAUAUUACGAUAAAAUCAUGGAAGAUGAUACUGGUGAUUUAUACGAUAAGAAGGAAGAAAACCAAAAUAUAUUUACUAACAAUAUUUUUUCUGACGAUAGGAUUCAGAUUCCAGAAUCAAGAAUUUAUACUAUUGAAUAUAAGACAUCACCGAUAGUAUACUAUAAAAAUCCCACAAGAAAUACGGAUUAUUUUACAAAGACAAGAAGAAUAAAAGAUUACCAAAGAAUAAUGAACUAUGUGAAUAAAAUGAUAAAUGAAAGAAUCACUGCAGCCUCAACAGUGGCAAUGUUGAAAAAUAGUUAUGCAUUUGAUAAAAACAUUCCCAUCACGACUGUGACUGAUAUAAAAAGAUUCGAUACAAAGAUAUCGCAGAAAAAAGUGAAAAGCAUUAACACCAAUAGCGAUAAGAAUAAAAAAUGCACUUGCUCCCAAAAAAUGAACCAACUACUAUCUAACGUGAUUACACUGCUGCAAAAACUUUUACCAAAUUCUACUCAUGAUAUAUUGAGGAAAUCAAAGAUGUGUGAUGAACGUAAUAAAUUAUCAAUAAAGCAUGACAGUGUUAAUAAACAUAUCAAAGAUGAUAGCAAUACAAGGAGUGUAUUAGGCUCUCAGAUUCAUUUAAAUAAAAAAAAUCCAGAUAUAUCAAAAACUUCACCAACAAAAGUUGAAGAACCUAACAUUUUGAUGCAAUCGUUAUUUCCUAAAGUUAAACACGGUUUAAAAAGUUUAAUACAUUUGAUUUUGUCUAAUAAAUUUCCUGAUAAAAGCGAAAUAGCAAUUAAUUACAAUAAACACAAAUCUGCAAUGAAGAAGCAGUCAAUGGCUGGUACUGAAAAUUAUUAUGUUUUGUCAGACGAAGCAACUGACUCAUUGACCAUAAAUAAGAAUCAUUCUAAUAUUUCAUCUGGUGCCAUAAAAGUGAACAAGAGUAAUCAAACAUUUAGCGGAGAUUUAAUAAUUGCUACAGAUAUCUCAACAGAAAAAAAUGAUAAAAGUUUCUCUUCUUACAUAAAAGUAGAAGACCCCACUUUAACUAGUCCUGCCUCCAAUAUGAUAAACAAUUUUCCUGAUCUAGAUAUUCACGCUAUGGAACUGGUUAAGAGUAAACUAAUUCCUGGUAGAAAAAACACUCACUACGCUUACGACAAGUCAGGCAAAAAUAAGGAAAUAAAAACAAUUCAUGAUAGUGCUAAGGAUGAAAAUAAUAACAGAACAAAAACUUUAUGGAAUUUACGAAAAAUGGGUGAAAUAAAAAAAACUGAUUUAGAAACUGAUAUGAAUGUAGAAAAUUAUGAUGAAAAUAAUUACAGUUCGAUGAGAAAAAUGGGCAACUUGGUAGUUCUACUGAUCUAUGAAUAUAUGAUUGUUGUAGAAACCAAUUUAGUACAAAUUAAGAGACGAAUCCAUUCAAAUCACAAUAACACUGACCAUCCCGUAGCAGAUAAGCUUGAUAGAAGUAAUUUUGGUUUCGAUCAAGAUUAUUAUGAAAGAAUGCCCCUUCUAGUAAAUGGUCUUCAAGAAAGUAGUUACAUCGAACCGACUGUAGAACUCCCCGUUGCUGCUUUAAAAAGUGACAGAAAAGCUAAAAUUAUUUACAUAAGACCCACUGCAGCAAGAAGAGUAAAUAAAUUUAAUGAAAAUAAAUUUAUAAGAAGAACAAGUCCAAGACCAUUUGACUUUGAAUAUAGAAGUCCCUAUCCGCAACCAUUUGCUAAAGCAAAUGGAAAUCCUAAGAAUUGGGUAGAAAGAUAUCGUAAUGCAGAAAGAUUAAGGAAUCUCCAAGAUGUGAUUAAAUAUCUUGAGAAAACCCUAAAUGCAAAAUUCGGAGACAUGUACUUACCAAGCAAAGCACAAAUUGCCUUUUCAGGAGUUUUUAUGUCACCAACAAACAGUGAAGAUGUGACAAAACCACUAAGUGGCGAUCUAAAACCUUCGAGUUCAAUGGAUAUUGAAGUAAGAUCGAAUCAUAAAUCGGACCCUCUCUAUAUUUAUAGACCAGAUAAUCCAGGCGAUGUAAACUUACUUGCAGAUGGAUUCAAAUUUUCACCAACAAUAUUUACAACACUCAAUAGAAAAAAUAGUUUAAAUUUACCACCCAAGUCUUUGUCAGACCCACCCAAGAAAUGUUUUGGCAUUGAAUGUAAUAAAGGUUAUAGAAACGGAGAUAAAAACGUAUAUUUGCAAAAUGCUGAAGAAUCCAAAAUUAAUGCUGUGAAAUCUGGUAACGAGCCCAAGUCCUUCAGUGUAAUGCUAAAUUUAAUGCCUCUUCCUACGACGGACUCUACGUAUACUAAAAAUAAUAAUGAAAAAGAGAAAAUCUAUUUGACCACUCCCAAACCUUGGUUUUAUUUUAAAAGGAAAACUAUAUUCCCUGUAAGAAGAACUUUCUUGAGAGGUGAACGACCUAAGUACGUUACAGUGAAACAGGGAAACUAUUACGAACCAGUUUCGAAUAGAAAUGAAAAUAUUCCCAAAGUAACCGUUAAGUUCAAUAUUUUUUCAACGCCUACAGAUAAAAAUACGAGUAAUAAUCAAGAUGAUUUAGAUAAAUUUCCUCUCAGUAGGAUCACCUCAACGGAACCUUCAGUUACUGAAUACACUAAUGAUGGUGAACUGUUAAACUCUUCACACGUCGAGGAUUACCAUGUUGGUAGUUCUGGCAUUAUACCUAUAGAGAUAAGACCAACGCUAGUGACAUAUCCAAUUAACACUCCUAUAACGCCCUUGACGUCACCGGUACCUUCUACUGAAACAGUAUUUACUAAUGCGCCCGAAAUAUUCAAGUUCAGUCCAGAGGACGCACGAGUACCCGAUCACUAUCAGAAUAUACAGAACUCUGAUAGCAUUGACUACGAUGAAUCAAGAGAUGUGCAAACAGAAUCCAACAACGUAGGAUUAUCUGAAGUCGAAAACAAGAAUAUUGAAAGGCAAACACUCGCCAUAAAGUUGAAGAAUGUUGUUGAAAGUACAACUGAAUCACAAACGACAGAAGACAAUAAUUAUGAUUCAGAAACUACAACAGAAUACGAAAUAGAGACAACCACAGGUACAUACGUUCCCAUGAUAAAUGGUCAUUACAGGAACAUGAAACGUAAGAUGUUGACGACAAUUUUGCAAGAAAAUUCAGAGCGAUACAGAAGGAAAAGACUCGAAAAUCUACUAACAAUACCCAAAUCGACGUACGUACCGAUGUACGAUUUAAGACGAAUACAAGAAAAUCCGAAUAAUGAAUAA